CAGACUUAUUUUAAAUCGUGAAUUGUACGCAGCAAACGUAAAAUUGCUGCUUAAUUAAAUGUUCGCAACACACACAAUAUAUCAAAUAGUGAAUAUGUGGUUAUCGUGAUAAGUUUAAUGUGAAUUUAAGCACUAAAGUGACGAAAAAUUAAAUUUUGCAAGUUAAAAAAAAAGUCAAAAAAAUAGAGAAAAACUUGAGAAAAUUUAAUAAAGUGUGAAUAAAGAAGAAUAAGUGUAUACCUAAAAUAAUUAAAUAUUCAAAUUAGCUAUGGAUUCAUUACGAAAAUGGCUGAAUAAACCAAAGGCUGAUGAUAAAUCCCUGCUCGCUAGAUUUUAUCAUGCAGAUCGUGCUUUAUCACAAGUAGCAAAUGAAUUAGAUAGCUUUGAUGGACGAUCAGAACCGGAAAGGUGUUCUCGACUUGUAUCAAAAUUACGACAAGAGCAGGAUCGUGUUCUUGGAAUAAUAAAUCAAAUAAUGGACGAAUUGCUAAGCGAUGAUAGAGCAUGUCGUGCAUUUAGAGCAAAAUUUCCGGAAGAAGUCCUUCAAGAAAGUCUCGCAGGUCAAUUAUGGUUUGGUGCUGAGUGUUUAUCGGCGGGUUCUGCAAUUCUCAAUCGUGAAGUUGAGAGUGCCGAGAUGCGUCCAUUAGCCAAAGCUGUUACAAAAUCAUUAGAUAAUGUGAGAAACUUAUUGCGAGAUCAGUGCCUUCGUAAUAAUACGCCAAAUUCACCGCAUUUAAAAUUGGAUAUAAAUGAUUCCGCAACAGAAACACUUUAUGAGUCGUUGAAGAUUUUUGAUAGAUUAUUUGCUGAGUUUGAAUUGCUUUAUGUUAGUGCAAUGGUUCAGGUCAAGACAAAGCAAGAGCAUGAGAUACAGCAACUUAUAUGUGUGCUAUUUUCUGAGACGUUGCAGCGUGCACUUAAAUUAGGCAUUUUAGAACAAGAUCAAGUUGAUACUUAUGACCCAUCCUUAAUGUUUUCAAUUCCACGACUUGCAAUUAUUAGCGGUCUCAUAAUAUUCGAGAAAGGCCCACUCAAUAUGGAUCAGAACAGUGAUCAACUGUCAGAGAUGUUUCGUCCAUUCCGUAAACUUCUCAUAAAGAUGCGAGAUUAUCUUCGGACACUCAACAAGAACGAACUAUUUCAAUUGGAAAAGUUAUUAUGCACAAAUGAAGAAAUAAAUUUAAAGCAAUCAUUAGCUGACGAAAGCACUGAACAGUGCUGUGAUGAUAAAUCGACUCCAUUGACAACAAAUGUGACAAUUGUGAAUAAUAACGAAUCCAGUAACAUAGACAGAAAUAAUGACAACUUUUAUACAAUAAAGACCAAUCCAAGUAAUAAUAAAUCUGACGAAUGGGUGUCUGAGGAUGCAGAAGGUGCUGACGAUGAGGCUGAGGAUGAUGAAAAUGAUAACAGUGAAGCAACGAGUAAUUAUGAUAAUCUUGUAACAGCCGAUUGUGCAACUGGAUAUCUCGUACCAAAUACAAAUUUAGGGAAUUUGCUUCAAUCAAAUGCAGCGCCAUUAACGUACAAUAUUGUCAUAUCAGAAACUAGUGAAAAUAAUAAUAAUAAUGAAGAUGAUCAAAAUACAUCACCAAAUAGUGAGAAUGUAGCCAAUAAUUGUGAUAGUGGCUUAGGUACGAAAGAAAAUGGCAGCUUAGAUCAAAGUCCCGAGCAAGAGCAAAAUACGAAUGUUCUUACGGGUCAAUAUGAUGAGAAUUGGGAAAAUUUGAGAAAGAUUGUUGAUCCAAGUUCAAGUAAAAGUGGAAGCACAUCUAGUCAUCAUCAUAGACAUAAAGAGCACAAAAGCGGUAAGAGAAAAUUGCGGAAGCUUCAAUCAAGUAGCAGCGAUUCUACGUCACUGUCUAGUGCCUCAUCUAGUACUGCAUCAUCACCAUCUUCAUCCGAUUCGAGAGAUUUAUCGAGACGAGCUAAAUUCAAGUCAACAGAAAACUUACUUCAUCGACUUUUUGUAUGUAUAGCCGGAGUUGCGGAUCAACUUCAAACAAACUUUGCAGCAGAUUUACGCCAAAUUCUUAAAGCCGUAUUUUUAAUAAAUACAACGCAAGACGAAGAAGACGAAGAGAUAAUUGACGAGAAAAAGUCAAAAGACAAUCCACAAGAUUUAUUUGAAUUUCGUGCGAGCGAAGAGAAUGUAAUUAGACAAAGUAACAGUAAUCAAGGAUCAAUAGGAUCACAACAAAGUAUAUGUUCAGCUGAAGAGGUCAAUCCAGAAUCAGACGAUGCUGUGUUUGAGGAAGAAAUAGACGAGGAAAUAGACGAAGAAGUCAUUCAAACGACACGCGACGACAAUGAGAUAAAUAGACGUAAUUAUAAGAGACAUUAUGGAAAUCGUUUGACAGGUCGAAGUAUCAGUUUGAGUGACGAUGCUACAUCACAUCGUUAUGAUGAGGAACAACCAUCUCCACGUCGCAUUCUCCCAUCAACAAGUCAUUUACCUUCAGAAAGAACUGAAUCACCACCAAAAUGGAUCCCUGACAAUGCAGCUCCACGUUGUAUGGGCUGUGAAUCAUCGUUUACUGCAUUCCGUCGUCGUCAUCAUUGUAGGUGUUGCGGACAAGUAUUUUGUGGCGUUUGCUCAGCAUCAACGAUACCACUGUUGCGUUAUGGAAUUACAAAACCAGUUCGUGUUUGCCGUUUAUGUUAUGUCCGUGAAGGCCGUGAAGUGGCUACGUGAAAACGUUUUACAAUUAUUUAACCAUCGAUUUGCGUGAAAAAAAAAAAUAUUGAGAAAAAAAGUUAUUCUAAAUUAGAUUCUAACGUCUGACGAAUUAUAUAAUUAAUAUAUUUAAAAAUUAAUCUGAGAUUCUUAAAGAAAUUUCAUUUUCCAUAGCUUUCAUCGUUCAUCUAUUCAGCUUUCAUAAUGAAAUGCAAUAAUACUAGAUAAAUAAUAAUUGGGAGAUUUUGAAGAAGCAAACACAAAUUUGUUAAAGGACGUGAAAUUUGACAAUUGACGAAAAAUUUAGAAAAAAAAUAGUUCAAUUUGACCCCAAAAUGUUACAUUUUUCAAGUCUCUAACCAAAUCAUUCCCAAAUAUCCACAAAAGAGCGGUUAGUUAAGAUAAAUACGAUUCGAUAAAGUCGGUAAAAAAACUUAUUUUGAUAUUGAUUGAAAAGAUUCUUUAUAUUCUAAUAUUUUACAAAACAAGGCAUUUAUUUUUCAUAGAUAAAAACAAGAAAAGUUGUUUUACUUUCCUUCCAUCACAUCAAUUUUCGAACUAAUGACUGCAGUUGAGUCCAAACUUGCUAGAUUAUUGACCAUUUUAAUGAAUUAUGAAAGUUAAAAAUUUAACGGCU